CAAGCAACAUCAAUAGCCAGAGAAACAGACCACUGUUUGAAGAAAAAAAGAUGGACGUCGACAACGCUGAUGAAGAACAAAAACUAUUCAUACAAGCAUUUGCUGAACCAACCGAAGCAUAUCGAUUUUAUGAGGAACAUCGCAAAAAAAAUCCUCCGUUAUUUCUUCAACGUAGUUUGACCUAUGUCAAUCAGAAAAAAUGCCGGUCAAAAAAACCGCGGCGUCGAUCAAGUGUAAAAUUCAACACAUUACAUGCGAUUGCCGAUAAAUUGGCCGAACAAAAACGAGGCACAAAACAUUACAUGACGCUAACAUUUUCGGGUUUCCAUUGCAAUGAGCUUGCCAAUUUUCGCCAUGCCGAAGUUCUAGUAUUUCACAAAGAAACCAAGAACAAGUUAACAUCUGUGAUAGUAGACAUCAAUCCAAUUGAUAUGCUGAAAGGUUUGUCGACAAUUAGUUUGCCAACUGAAUCGCUGAAAAUAACCACACCAAACGGUGAAUUAUUGAAUAUCACGACGUGUGUUCUGCUGUUUAAAGUGAGAGUUAUUGAUAAACCGCUACAAACUGGCUAUGGGAAUCGUGACGAAAUGCCAAUCGAAAAUUAUGUAUUUGAAUCAGAAUUGGAAUUAUUCGAUAAAAGUCAAAAUGGUUUGAUUGCCAGUGGGCAACAUGAUUUAUCGUUCGCUUAUGAAUCGAAUGGCGGUCUAAUGUCAUUGCCGAAACAAGCCAUGUGGAAAAUCAAACAUUUUGUAAAAAAAUCACUGUCAAUGAACGCAAUUGAAGACGACGAUAUCAACAAAGAGUUUUUAAAACCGGCCAAAAUGAUGUGUAAUUUACAAUGGUCGCGUGAAAUUAGUCUGAACAAUGAGAAUAAAGAGAACGGUGAAUAUGUAAAUGGUUCAAAUGGUGGCGGUGGUAAACGACGUGUAUUAACACGAAGCCGUUCAACUGGAAGUAUUAUGAGUCGUCGAUUUUCGACGUAUAAAUCAAAUGAAAAUAUUCAGUGUCUAGUCUAUCAGUUUAUUCAUAAGAAUUAUCGACAAAAAACGGAGCUAUGGGAUCGAACAAAGUGUCCGUGGUGCUCAUUAAAAACAUCAAAUAUGUACGUUUUACUGAAGCAUUUGACAUUAUGCCAUGGUCGUUUCAAAUUCAAAUAUGUACCGGGCACCGGUGAACUACGAAUCGAUGUGUUUGUAAAUAAACGAGACGAUGAGUUGAAAUUUGAUCCUUUCAGUCGAUUGGGAACGUCAUAUCGUGGUAAAGAGCCACAUAAACGUAAAAUUAUGACAGCCAUACUUGUCAAUCGACCCGAACGCAUUCGACCACGUAUGUCAGAGUUUUUAAACUUUGACACCGUACAAAAGCGAACAUAUUAUCAUUCAUACAGUGGAUUGGCGUUGAAACCAAGCGAAAUUGAUGUCGAUUCAGAAACUGAAACUGAUCCAAUUUGGUUGCAAAAGAACACUGUCAAAAUGAUCAAUGACUUUCUCGAUGUUAACGAUGGCGAGAAAGGCAUUAUGAAAUUAUGGAAUUUAUUUAUUCUGAAACAUACAUUCGUAAGUGAUUCACAAAUACCAGCAGCUGUUAUAACAUUCAUUGAAACGUAUGGCGAAUCAAUAAUAAAAAAUCAUCUUUAUCGCAAUUGCAUCAUACAUUUAUCGAAUUUAUUUGAUUAUGGUUUAAUAUCGGCAAAAGACCACUUGAAAGCCAGUCGCAAGUUACAUGCAGUUCUCAUUCGAAAUCGUACAUUAUGCGAUAUUUUAAAAGAGCAAAUUGAUCAACAAUGCGAACACACACGAUCACAACGGUUGGCAAAUGUUGGAAAACCGCCAAGCAAACAUAAACGGGCGGUGCUACGCGUCGAAUCAACAAUCAAGAAACGGUUACGAUCACAAACAAGAAGUGAACCCAUUCAGAAUAAAAUUAAACGGAUCGAUGUAAUCAAAAGAGAAAUGCCAACAACAUCAACUCCAAGACCCGUUCGUAAAAUGGCACGAAAUAGUAUGUUGUGAUGGCAACGAAAAUUGGAGCGAGCAAGAAAUAAGAGAAUUUCUUGAUAAACAAAACAAAAAUAUCUAGUACAAAACUGAAAUUAGAAUUAGAGUAUAAUGAAGUACGGAACUUAUGGUGGGUCAAUCAAACGCACGCAAUUUACGGCAAACAAAUAAACGAAGUUUGUAGAACGCCAUUUUUACGACUGAUACUUACAUCACCACAAUAAUAACAACACUCUCCAUUUUCACUAAUUAUCAUUGCUUGUUUAGUUCUUCUCUCUCGUUUAUGGUGGCUACGUUAGUUAUUUAUGCGCACGAUUCAUUCGGGUCAGUGACAUGCAUGUCAGGUUUUCUUCUUUAAUUUUUUCUUUUCUCCGCACAUUUGAAUGCAUUUUAUGUGCUUCGUGCACGGUGAAGAUAAUCAUUCUAUUUUCUAUUGUUCUUCGUAAAUUGCUUUGCUCAUGUAUUUUUUUAUUGAAUCGAUGAGAAAACUGUUGUACAAGACAUUCGAUAGUUUAACCACAGGGUUCAUUGCAACUAGACUUUUAAAUGGAACAAAAUUCACCAUAGUUUCGAAAUUCGCAUUGAAAAAGCACUUUUCUAGAUUAGCAUGCACUGAAAAAUUGCAAAUAAUCGAUACCAUUUAAGUGAAGCAGAGUGUAUAGAUAUUCUCGGAAGUCCAAUCGUAAUAGU